AUGGCGUUGAGCACAACGACCAGCCAACCGGUACAGAACAACGUCCAAUCGUCACCAGGAACCGGGUGGCCUAGGCGCACCGCUCCAGUCAAAUCGUCUACUUGCCCGUCGCUCAACAGACAUAUAAAUUUGUAUCCUCUAUCAAAUUAUAAAUUUGGUACAAAAGAACCUUUAUUUGAAAAAGAUCCAUCUGUACCAGCUAGAUUUCAACGAAUGCGUGAUGAAUUUGAAAAAAUUGGUAUGCGCCGAAGUGUUGAAGGCGUUUUAAUAGUUCAUAAACAUGGGUUGCCGCAUGUUUUAUUAUUGCAGUUGGGCACAACAUUUUUUAAAUUGCCAGGUGGAGAACUAAAUCCAGCAGAAGAUGAGGUGGAAGGACUUAAACGAUUACUAACUGAAACUUUAGGCAGGCAAGAUGGUGUUCAGCCAGAAUGGACUGUUGAAGAUACCAUUGGCAAUUGGUGGCGACCUAACUUUGAACCUCCAACUUAUCCAUAUAUACCACCACACAUAACUAAGCCCAAGGAACAUAAAAGACUUUUCUUAGUUCAGCUACCUGAUAAAGCAUUGUUUGCUGUGCCGAAAAAUUACAAAUUGGUUGCAGCCCCUUUGUUUGAGCUGUUUGAUAACGCUCAAGGAUAUGGAUCUAUUAUUUCCUCAUUGCCUCAAGCACUCGGAAGAUUCAACUUCAUUUAUAUGUAA